UAGUUAACUUAUUUCAGAUUGAUUUAGAUUAAACAUGCGACUUUCUUCAGCAGAGGGGAUCAUUUCGCUUCUGGAUGACCAUGAAGCUGACGUUCGCGUAUUUGCGCUCAAACGACUUGACGAUCUGUCGAACAUUUUCUGGGUAGAAAUAGCUGAUUCAAUUGAAAAAAUCGAGAGAAUAUACGAUGACGAAAGUUUCCCUGAGCGUCAAUUGGCCGCACUUGUUGCUUCAAAGGUCUUUUACAAUAUUGAGGCAUACGAAGAAGCUGUUAGUUAUGCACUAGCAGCAGGGAAGCUUUUCGACAUUGAGUCAUCGUCCUUGUAUGUGGAGACAAUAAUUUCAAAGUGCAUCGAUGAGUACGUAGCAAUUCAAAGCCACAACCUAACUGUGAAAGAGCCAUCUGAGCGAAGAUCAAUCGACAGUCGUUUGGAACACAUAGUUCAUCGAAUGUUCGAAAAGUGUACACAGAAUGAGCAGUACAAACAGCUUAUCGGAAUGUCCUUGGAGUCUCGCAGACUGGAUGUGUUCAGUCGAACUGUGCGUGAAGUGAGGCAGAAGCAGCAACUUAAUAAAAUACCGUCUGGCGUGACCUCACUUGAUCUCCUAUCAUAUGCCAUGUCCAUCUGUCUGAAGUUCAUGCACAACAGACAAUGGCGCGACAUGGUUAUGCGUGAGGUGGUUGAGCUGUACCGGGAGGAGCUGGUGCCGGACUACAUCCAGAUGGCUCAGUGUCUCAUCUUUCUGAACGACUCUGGUGCAGUGGCAGGCAUGCUGGACACCUUGCUGAACACGAACGAGGAGCUGUCGUACCAGAUUGCAUUCGAUGUAUACGAGAAUGCGACUCAACACUUCGUCACUAGUGUGUCUCGCAUCCUGUCUGGAGAGUCGGCUACCUCAGAAGAGCAUGCGCGCGGAGGUGCAGGAGGCACUUCUACUCUCCCUCCUGCGGGAGGAACCACUCCUUACUCUGAUGUCACCUUGAUGGAGUCGGGCAACACCUCGGCCAUGGAACAGACUGGAAGUGAAACCCCGAUGGAUACCUCUGUGUCGCAGGCGUCUACUGUAGUGGACACUCCUGUCACGACAACCGAAGAAGUCACUCCAACCUCAGACUCGGCGGCUGCUGCGCCUCCCGGAGAAUCUUCCCCAACUGCAAGCACCGCCGAAAUAACUAAAUCUGCAGGGCCACCGUCUAAUCCCCGGGAGCGUCUCCAAUUUAUUCUGAGUGGAGAGGCUACAAUUGAGGCGCACCUGCAAUUCCUCAUGCGACAGAACAAGACAGACUUGGUGCAGCUGAAGGCUGUGAAAGAAGCCACGAGGAACUCGAUCCAGCACAACGCCACAGUAAUCGCCAAUGGGUUCAUGCAUUGCGGAACGACCACAGAUGCAUUCCUCAGGGACAACCUGGACUGGCUGGCUCGUGCCACCAACUGGGCGAAACUGACAGCCACUGCUACUCUAGGAGUCAUACACAAGGGGCAUGAGAAGGAUGCACUGGAUCUUCUAUCAGUCUACCUCCCAAAGGGCUCGUCCACUGGAACAUCGAGUGGCUACAUGGAAGGAGGGGGACUAUACGCACUGGGACUAAUCCAUGCUGGACAUGGCAAAGCAAUCAUCGAGUACCUCAUGACUCAGGUGAAGGACGCCGUUAAUGAGCCUGUGCGACACGGAGGAUGUCUGGGACUGGGCCUGGCAGCACUGGGAUCUGGAAGAUACGACGUUUAUGAUCUACUUAAGCAAAACUUGUUUCUGGAUGAUGCUAAUGUUGGAGAAGCUGCAGGAAUUGCAAUGGGUCUGGUGAUGUUGGGUUCUGCGGAUCCGCAAGUGUUCAUUGACAUGACAUCAUAUGCGCAUGAGACUCAACAUGAAAAAAUUGUCAGAGGGCUGUGUGUCGGAAUUGCACUGCUGAUGUACAGAGCGCUGGAAGAAGCAGAUGAUUAUAUCGAGAUGUUAAGUAAUGACAAAGAUGCUCUGCUGAGACGAAGUGCUGCAUAUGUGACUGCGAUGGCAUAUUGCGGAACCGAACACAACAAGUCGCUCAAGAGACUUCUAAGAGUAGCCGUUACGGAUGUGAACGAUGAUGUUAGGAGAGCAUCAGUCGAGGCAAUCGGGUUUCUCCUUCUCAGGAGUCCAGAGCAGUGUCCAAAUGUUGUUAAACUUCUUGCUGAGAGCUAUAACAUGCAUGUGCGCUAUGGAGCGGCCAUGGCUUUGGGAAUUGCAUGUGCAGGUACAGGAAAUAGGGAUGCCCUGAAUAUUUUGGAGCCCCUUAUCAAAGAUUCGCAGAGUCUAGUCAGACAAGGUGCAAUGAUUGCAAGCGCAAUGGUUCUGAUUCAACACACACAAGUGAAGGUAGCAAAGGUGAAAGAAAUAAAGGAUCUGUUUUUCAAUACUGUAAAUGACAAACAUGAAGACACAAUGACCAAGUUCGGGGCUAUUUUGGCGAUCGGAAUCGUGAAUGCGGGAGGUCGGAAUUGUACUAUAUCGCUGCAGUCUAGAAGUGGUCAUAUAUCUUUACAGAGCGUAGUUGGCAUGCUAUGUUUUCUACAGUUCUGGUACUGGUUCCCGUGUGCCAAUUUCCUAUCACUUUGCUUUUCGCCGACGUGUGUAAUUGCUCUAAACAAUCAGCUAAAAAUGCCUAAGAUGCAGAUUAAAUCUAACGCGCCUCCGUCCCAUUACGCCUACCCGCCAGCUAUGGAGAGCAACACAAAGAAAGAACAAGAGAAAGUGGAGACAGCAGUUUUGUCCAUUACCGCAAAAGCCAAGGCUCGUGAGAAGCAAAAGCAAAAAGACAGCGGAGAAAAGAUGGACGUUGAUGAGACAAAAGAAACCCCAAGCGAAGGGGUUGAAAAAAUGGAAAGCGAAUCGGCAGCUCCAAGUAGCAGUGACUCAAAAAGAGAAAUUAAAAUGUCAACCAAAGAAGAUUCAAAGACACCAGCAAAAGAUAAGGAAGAAAAGGCUGAUAAAGUAGCAUCACCGACGACAAGUACAACAAAAGAAGUAGUUGCGACACCAGCUGCAGAAAAGAAGCGAGAAACGGAACCGUCUUUCGAACUCCUGGACAACCCGGCGCGUGUGAUGCCCCAACAGAGAAAAGUUGUCUGUUUACCAGAGGGGUGUGGGUACACGAGUGUGAAACCAGUUAGUCUGGGAGGCAUUGUGAUUGUGAGCAAGGUUGAUAAGGAAUCAGAAGAAGAGUUGGUACCGCCUGUCCCGCUGGGCGGCAGCAAGAAACAGGAGGACGAUGAACCGGAACCAGAAGCACCCGAAGAGUUUGAAUGGACUGAGGAUUGAAAUUUAACCACCCAACAAUGAAUGAAGGGACUUGAAACUGCGGCGUAUAAUGAAGAGACGUAAAUGUAAUUAUGAUUGUGAAGUUCACAGUUAACAUUUUGGCGGUAGUUGUUGAAAUUAUGCGAUGUAAAAUUGGAGGUAUUGUUUCAAAUUGAUCUUAAAAUUAAAUGAAAACAACUGUGUUGAAUUUACUUCUUGAACCACA